AUGCCUCAGCAGAAUUGGCAACCGGGUAAAAGGGUGGCUAUAGCAGGUGGUGGGCCUGCCGCCGUCUCGACAGCCCUCGCAUUCAUCCAGCGUGGUUAUCACGUCCGUAUUUUCGAACGGCAAGCAGAGUGCAGGCCAAUCGGGGGUGCUGUGCUUCUCAAUAUUCCUGUGCUGGCCAUUUUACGCCAUUACGGGAUGGAGAUGGAGAAUGUGGGAUCUUUCACUACCACUUCGUUUCAAAACAAAAAAGGCUUAGAACGAGCUGAGCUUCCAUUCAACGAAGAAAUCGAGAGACAUAUGGGAAUCAAAGGUUGGCAAUAUGGAGUACUGCGAUCGUCUGUCUUCCAGAAAAUGCUCGAUCUUCUCCCUCCCGGUGUUAUAUCAAAUGACCACGAAGUCAUAUGUUAUUCCGAGGUCCCAGAGCAAGACUGCGUUGAAGUCCGGUUCCGAAACGGAGGCAGUGUCACAGCCGAUAUUUUGAUUGGCGCCGAUGGAAUACGCUCAAAUGUAUCACGCCAAGCCUUCGGUGACCCAAAGCUUUUCCACGCCGGGGUUCGUGUCUGGCUUGCCUGGUGCGACCACAUUCCCGGCAUCCCGGAGAAUUAUGGCGUUAUAUCCCAUGAUAGGCAGUACCAAGCCAGCUAUUUCCCCAUGCUUCACGAAGGUAAACCAGGAUUUGAGUGGUGGAUUGUGGAGUCGUCCUGGGAAGGCAAACCCGUGCCAAUAGACCCUCAAGCAUAUCUGGCAAACAUCCUUAAGGAUUGGACACAACCCUUACCUCGUCUACUUGAGGCUACCAACUUUGAUACCCAGGUGUAUCGAUGGGAAAUUAUUAACCGAACUUCCAUGAAAAAAUGGUCAACUGGACGCAUCAUGUGCAUUGGUGACGCUAUCCAACCUGUGUCGCCCUAUGCUGCCUACGGGCUAGGGAUGGCCAUCGAAGAUGGCUAUUUCCUAGCUAAAUCGCUAGACGGCGUCAACCUUCGUGAUAGUUCGGCCGUCAACGCAGGUUUUGAAGUCUUCGAAAAACAGCGUGUGGAAUAUGUAAACCACAACAUGGAGUUUGCUCGUUUCAGUGGACAUGUGUUUCAUUCGUUGCCCUGGCCAGUAGCAAAGCUUCGUGACUGGAUCUUCGACUAUACACCCCUACUUGGCAAUCUUUUGAGGAAGGACUAUUUAAAGAAGGCCGAAGAACAAACUAUGAACAUGAAGGAGCUUCAUGUUAUCUAA